AGAGAGCACACCUGCUUGGUUUUGGCUGCUUGCGGUCCGAUUCCAACGACCCCAUAGGCCCUGUCAGACACUUUACAAUCUCAUCCCCUGACUUGACUGGAUUUUGGAAGUCAAGCUCAUCUCCCCGGCUUCAGUUCUCCCUGUCUGGCUUCUACUGAGAACAGGCUCUCUGCUUGUGGCACCAUGAGGACGGCCUGUCUCUCUUUGCUCCUGGUCACGGCCUGCUGGGCUCUGCCCUUCCAUCAAACUGGUUUCCUAGAGUUUAUGAUGGAAGAUGAACCUGGAUCAGGCGUGAUCUUACCGCCUGAAGAACCUGAACCUCCUAAGGUCACUGAAGAGCCCAAGUGCCCAUUCAGAUGCCAGUGCCACCUGCGUGUGAUCCAGUGCUCCGACCUCGGGCUGAAGUCAGUUCCUGGAGACAUCCCUGAUGACGCCACGCUGCUGGACCUGCAGAACAACAAGAUCACUGAGAUCAAGGAGAAUGACUUCAAGAACCUGAAAGGACUACACGCUCUUAUCCUGGUGAACAACAAGAUCACCGUCAUCCACGCCAAAGCUCUCAACCCUCUGACGAAGCUGCAGCGCCUCUAUCUGUCGAAGAACUUGCUGAAGGACAUGCCGGCCAACAUGCCCAAGAGCCUGCAGGAGCUUCGAAUCCACGAGAACGAGAUUAGCAAGAUCAAGAAGGCCUCCUUCCAGGGAAUGUCUCACAUGAUCGUCAUGGAGCUUGGAUCCAACCCUCUGAAAAGUGCCGGAGUUGAGGCCAAUGCUUUUGCUGACCUGAAAAAGGUCUCUUACAUUCGAAUUGCAGACACCAACAUCACAGACAUUCCCAAAGGUCUGCCCAGCUCUCUCUCUGAGCUUCACUUGGAUGGAAACAAGAUCACCAAAGUGACAUCUGAAGGUCUAAAAGGUUUGAAGAACCUGGCCAAGCUUGGACUGAGCUACAAUGAGAUCAGCUCUGUGGAAAAUGGCUCUCUGGCUAACGUGCCGCAUCUGCGAGAGCUGCACCUCGACAACAAUGCCCUGAUCAGCAUUCCUCCUGGCCUGCCUGAUCAUAAGUACAUCCAGGUGGUCUACCUCCAUGCCAACAAGAUUGCUGCUGUGGGAACAGAGGACUUCUGUCCCCCUGGCUUCAACACCAAGAAGGCCAUGUACUCUGGCAUCAGCCUGUUCAGCAACCCCGUCCCUUACUGGGAAGUUCAACCGAUCACCUUCCGCUGUGUUUUUGACCGCUCUGCUAUCCAACUCGGAAACUACAGGAAGAAGUAGAGCCGAGCGUCGCUACAAGGAAGAGUGUGUUUGUAGAUGAGCGCAUGAAAGAUUUGUGUGUUAGACCAAACCCCCGCAACACUGACCCCCUUCAUUUCCAACACCGCCACCUCCUGAAUAAUAAUAAUAUUAAUAUACACUCACAAUUCAACACUUUACUGCACAUGAACCUAGAACCCAACAUAAUCAUUUACAAUAUCUAGCUUCAAGGAUUCAGUUAUACACAAAACUUAUGGUGGCACUCCAAAACACAACAUAUCAGUCACAGAACCAGUUAAGCAAACAUACAUUUCAGUGUUCUUGUGUUCUUGUUCUUAAAUGCAGAAAUGAACCAAAACCAAAAGAUUUUAAACCUCACUUAGUGGAACAAAAGCUACAGAUCUGGGUUUGAUUGCAUUUUUCAACUGAAGCAGGCCUGUAGAGCAGGCAGCAAGGGGAAUCUGUGUUUAAAUCGUUGUUAACCUGUUUUUAGAAUGUAUUAGAUUUUUUCUGUGCAAGAGGAAGAGCAUUCAGAGUGAAACAUUGAUUAUUGUGAAAGAACUGAAGUUUCUAUUUGUAUUGAGCUCAAUUCAAGUAGAGAUAAAAGCAACAAUGACUUCUGCCAUGUUGGGCUUUUUUGUGCUUCUGUGCUGUUUUAGUUGUUAAAGUUUUUUUUGUUUGUUUGUUUUUUACCAUUUUCUGCAUUUCAUUCAUCCAUGUCUGUUUGUUUUCUCCAAACAAGUUGAAAACAGCUUCAAAACUUCAGAAUAAAUCAUAUAUUUCGAAAAUCAAAAGCCAUUCCCAAAAAUUAUAUGCAUGCUUUUAAUUAUUUUUGCCUUUCAACAUGAACUGAAUGCUUUUCUGGACUCUUUUGUUAAUUUGUUUGUGUUUCUCUAUUUUUAUUUGCUUGCCCUUUAUUUCUUUUUCUUAACAGUCAAGAAAAAUUGGAGGGUGCAUCCGCAGCACUCAUGUUGGUGUGAAUGUUUUCUGUAUAGGCGCUGUAUAUAAACGCUGUAUAAAAAGAAAUCUCAUUGCUUAAAGGCACAAGCACUUACCAUUGCUCAGACUUAAUAUAUCUGCAACAAAGGUGUUUCUCUUUUUUUCCCCGGAGCAGGGGCUCCAGCUAAGGUGUCCUGAAUAAAAUAAAAAUACUAAUAAAAAGCA